AUGCCUAUUCAAGUCUUUCUACUUCCACGAGCCACCAAAUUCACCUUCUCCUCCCGCGGACUACAUAUCCUGCUGAUCCUACUCCUCAUUUACCAUCUACCACCUUCCGACGCUGCCAACGCGUGCGAUGCACAACCCUGUAAGAACGGUGCGACAUGUCGAGAGCGAGUGGUUCCCCAGAGCAUCUACUUUGAACCGCAAAACCUUCUGCCUUAUGAGUGCGACUGCCCUUUUGGGUGGGAGGGUGUCAACUGCACUGUCAAUGUGGACGAUUGUAAGGGCAAUCCCUGCCUCAAUGGUGGGCAAUGCGAGGAUCGACCCAAUGCACAAUUCGUCUGUCACUGCAGCGAAGGCUUUAUUGGUCAAAAGUGCGAAUUCCGAGACCCGUGUUUGGACUCACCGUGUCAAAACAAUGGGCGUUGCGACUCCUCUCCUCUCGGUGUCUACCAGUGCAUUUGUCCGCGUUGGUAUGAGGGCCAGAACUGUGAAAAAGCAAGUCCCAUUGUCUUGUUUUGGCCUAUCUCGCCGCUUGUCAUUGUUUUCCACCCUUUCUCCACCACUCUUACCCUCCUUCCUCCACACGUUCACUAG